GCGACAAAACCAGCAUUUGAGUAUGUUGCGAUGGCAAGGAAUACUUUGACACAUGGGCAAUUGCUACUCGUGCAAAGGGAAGAAAGCCUUCACCGAUAUUCCAGCAGAGGAAAGGCCUGAAGUGAACGUGAAGCUGAUGGCCUCUACCCAGGAAGUACAGACGCUUGAGGGGAUAGCUGCCCAGUCAGGUCAGGAACAUAGAGCUGGCCGUAUGAUUCCCUACAGCCGCAUUCCAGGAAUACCUGCAAGUAAUGUAGGACUGCCGGUUGCAUCAGGUAGAGGAGGCACAACUAGCAGACUUAAGCCACCCUCACCAUUCCAGAAACUUGGUUUAAAACCCCCUGAGGUAAUUUCAGUACCUGUACAGCCAAAAGGAACAAAGCCCUCUUCCAAGAUUCCAUCAAAUUCUAUGGUGACAUCAAGAGGAGUGAGCACAGUCGAGCGUCGACCGAACCCCCGCUUUGGGAGCCGGGUUGUUCCAAAGCCCCUCAAUGGGAUUCCAAGCUGUCCGCCGAAUUCAACAGGUGUCGGUUCAAGACUUCGCUUCUAUCACAACAGUUUGGGAGACAUGAAUGCAAAUUCUUUCGAAGAUUUGCAAAAUGCGAAUUCCUCCUCUCAACCUGAUGUGUCCAAGAAACCUGAAAUUAACAAUGAGAGGGAAAAGUUUUUCUGGAGCGCAUCAAAGAUGGGACUGCCAAUACCGAAGAGACCUGUUCUCAAGGCUGCUGACCAUCUUCUCCCUACCAGUGCAUCUUCGACUACCAGUACAGCCGGUGAAAGUGACGGAUCGUCGCUGCGCUCGUCUGUGAUAGGAUCAUCGGCUGCGAGUUUUGAAUCGGACGUUGAUGCUGGUGGGUCAAAAGAGUCUUCAUCAGGGAAAGAUUCUGGGGUCGUGGUGCCAGUAUUGUCACGACUGCCACAGAAAAGGCUGAAGCCAUUGUGUUUUCCAUUUCCACCUACUGAAGAGAAUAAACCAGCUCCAAGUGGAUGGAAACCAUCCAGCCUUCCAUCUAUUGUAGGACCAAGCAAAGUGGGACUUCGUCUGUCAUCACUUCAGCCACCCACAUAUGGCAGUCGACUUCCGACAUCAUCCGGCAACCUCUCAUUUAAGCCUAAUACCAACAUAUUUCAGGGUGCCGAAAUCAAGAGUACCGAUUACCAGUUUCCAAAACCGACCAAGUAUCGUUCGGGGUUUGUUCAGUUCCGCAGUGCAAAGUUUGAAGCCAAAAAGUUAGAAGCUAGUGAGAAGGCGAUCAUUCCAUUGCCAAGGCCUCCGACACCAAACAAGAUGGAGAACACUACUCAGUCUACUUCUCCUCCAAUGUGCAUGGAGUGCAGUCGAAUUGAUCAGCCUCCAACUGGUAGGAUGCUGAUUGCCUCUACCAAAAAUUUUUGUCCAGAAAUGAACCAGCAGUCAUUAAGAAAUGAAGAAGCCAAAGAAACUCAACCUGAUGGUGCUGAUCCUAGUCACACUGAGGUACCAGGUGACCAUGUGAUUGAAAAGAGUUGUGACACAAAGUUACUUACAGAACGUACCAAUGAAAGAGUUAGAGUUACUGAAGAUAUUAUAUCCCACAAGGAGAAAGAUGAGAAAGUUGUAAAUGGAAUCUGGCCCCUUCUGGAAGGUGAUGAAGAUGAGACCAGCAAAACUCUGCCCUUGGAUGAAGCACCUCGUGUCCUAAGGAGCCGAGCCCUCAUGUCCCCUGAAAAGUCAAUCUCGACUGAAAGUGAAGGAACAGAUAAGAGUGACGCAGAAUUCCUCAUUGACGACGAGAUUGCCGAUCAGCCAGAGCUCCAAGUGGCCUCAGAUGCUGAAACCUUGAGCCUUGCCUCCACCCAAAAGUUUGACGAGGAGACAUUGAGCGUGAUAUCAGGACAUUCAGAAGCAGAGACCCUGCCAACCAUUUUAUAUUCUCGAUCGGACUGGCCGUCGCCGUUUCCGGAAGGCGACACCGCGCACCGCUGGACGGAGAAGAGGAAGCUCCGCUCGCUCUCCCUCUCCCUGUCGGAGAGCCCGCCCCACUCGUCCGGCGGACAGAGGGCGGGCCUCCACCGCCUCCGCCGUCCCCUUUCCCUGCCUCCUUCCCCGUCGCCUUCCACUCCUCCGAUUCCCCUCGCUCGAGAGGAGCUCCAGCAUCUCCUCGCUACUUAUCCGAGCCGAAAGAUCCUCGGGUCCGUCGCCGGAUCCUUGCCCGAGCUUUCACUCGGUGGGUCGUGCACUCGGGAUGAGGGAGGAACGAUCCUGCACUCGCCCACGUCCUUCAAGAUGCUGCUCAAGUCCCCGCGAUCGUCGUGGGACGGGAGGGACCAGGUGGUGAUGGACGGGGCGACGUACCGCAUGAUGCGGCUGGAGACCACGCACCUCAAGCUCAUGCUCUACAACCUCCAAAGCGUGCUGCAGCAGGCCGAGACGCUGAAUCCCUUUGACUCGAAGAGCUCGCGAGGCUUCUCGCAGUUGAGCACCCUGGCGGAGCAGGGGCCGUCGGAGGAGGAGCAGGCGCUCGGUACUUGUGAGGGUACUGCGCCCGGUACUUGCGGCAGUGCUACGCUCGGCACCAACGAUGAAACGGCGAAGCUGCGGUCUCAGCUCCUGGAUGCUCAGCGACAGAUCCUGUUCCAGAGGCAGCAGCUGGAAGAGCGGGACAAGACGAUCCGGCUCCUCCAGAGCCAGAUGACCAAGUACGCGUCGCAGGGGGGUGGGGGCGAACCCCCCACCUCCUGUCGGUUCGAGGCCGCACGUUUCGACCGCUCCCGAGCGAAUGCAGCCACCCAGACCGAGCGCUUGAGGGCCGUUUCCACCGAUCGACUCCUGAAUGCGGGCCCCUAUGUCACGUAA